AUGUCAGUCCCUUUAACCAAAGUUGAUUCCGCCAUCGCCGGCCUGUCCUUAGAUGACAAACCUCCCGUUCCCUCAGAAAAGGAGGUCAAGAAAGGCCACAAGCGUCUUUCCUCUCAAGGCGCCAAUGUCUGGAACAUCAAGGACCUAGAGGCACAAAAGAUUGAACUCGAGCUACCUAUCGAAACACAAAAGACCGGAUGGAGGUUAAAUACCUCACCAAACACUGUUGAAGACAAGGACAUCCUGGGGAUGUACCUCGUGACACCCCCCGUCAAGAAAAUCGAACUCCACUUCCCACUGGGCCUAGAAGUCUCCGCCCGGAAUCUCAAGGGCGUAACAAUAAAGGACGCCAUGGAUGCCAUCUACAAGCAAUACAAGAAGAAGGCAAGUCUGAACUCAUCUCCGCAGAAUUCACCUCCGCUGCCCCAUAGUAUAAAGGACGACGAACUCGAGGAGCCCUUCCUGAAAGGCUUCGAGUGGGACAAAGAGGAGUGCUGGACACGACUCAUUGUUCACCAGUCAAGCACUGGCCCACCCAAAGAGUCUGGCAGCAAGAAGUCCAAGAAGAAGAACAAGGAUGCAUAG